UGAUGUCUUUUGUUUUCUACAGGAAUAUGUUGCAGAUUGUUUAGUCUUUUCUAUUAGUUAUAACCUCUCAGUCCGGUGUUAAUCUAAUAAAAAAGGGAUUGGCACCUUGAAGCAGGAACAAGCAUAAGAGAACAACAGAGAAUCUACAGACUAUAACACAUCAGCAGGGAUAGAUGACUAGUUAGCCAAAAGAAAGCAGACAGUAGGAAUUCAUGUCGUCCUCGAGUUGGAAAGCUAAAACUAAUGGAGUGUCAUAGGACUAGGCGCUGGAGUCUCAAUAAUUUACUAUUCAUAUACAUGAAUUUGAUGUGAGAAUUAAAUGUUGGCCAAAUUUGCUGAUAACACCAAACUAGUAGAUUGAAAAGACGACGUGGACAGUCUACAUAGUUAAUACAGUAGGAAAAAAAAUUGGCAGAUGGAAUGUAAUAUGGGAAAACGUACUUGUCCACUUUGACUGGAAGAGAAAAGCAGUACAUUCUAUAAAUGGAGAAAGAUCACAGAGCUUGGAAGACAGAGGGAUCUUGGUGCGCUGGUACAUUGAUCACAAAAGGGUGAGUAAGCAGUGUGAAGAUGGUUGAGAUCAACACAGCCCUUACUCCAUUGGCGCUCUAUGAAGAGAAUAUGGAUUUACCAGUGGAGGUGGCAGCCCGGCAGAGACAGAUGGUGAAGAAACGUUUGCAGGAUUUUCCUGCUCCAUUCGUGAUUGGCUCAAUGGACCUGGUGAAUGAGAGGAUUCAACAUUUAAGUGGCACAUUGCAUGCUCAUCCUGAAGCCUUGCUUGUUGAGACUCGAAAUAAAGAAUGUGUGCUACCGGCCUGCAUCCAAUCAGAGAAAUUGAGACCACAGUAUGGUUCAAAAUUUCCUGAGAUACCUUUGGAGAAACGCCCAAAGAGCAAGCAUUCUGAUGUCCAGCCGAAGUUGGUGGAGCUUCAGCAAUAUCCAGGGUUCUGCAUGGAGAAACCGACUCCACUGCCCAACGACACAGACCUGGAGCAGAUCUGGGCGAAUGUGCAACAGGCUCGCACACAUUGCUUGAAACAGUCUGGUUACUUGACUGUGUUCCAGCAGUUACUCCACUCCACUCUGGUGCAGAACCUCCUUCUGGAUACCUUUUGGUGGAUGUUUCUGCUCCUCUACCAGACUGAUUACAGAGUGCAGUGUCAACUGUUUAAUCGUAUAUCAAAAAAUUAUGUUCAGCUGAUCAUGGACUGUCAGAACUAUUACUAUGGAGAUCGAUUUCUUCAGGAACUGCCCAGCAUUCUCAGUCAGGCUGUGUACGUCAGCUUCUGCUGCAGCUUUCCCCAAUCUUGGAUGCAGUUUCACAACAAUGAUUUCAGAUCACAACUAUGCAACAUCGUGUACCAAUGGUUUGGAGGCGUGCAGCCAAUACCAAGGAUUUAUAACAACUGGAAUUAUGAUGUUUUACUGCCACAGGAAGUGAAAGAUAUGAAAUCACGGACAACACAAGACACAGACCGCGAUAAAAGUACUGGAAAGAAGCUAUCCCUGAUUGACUUCCAUUCAACAUACGAAGGGAGCUGCAACUUAGAAUCUAAAAGAUCCUCAGUGACUUCAGUCAACCGUAAGCAAUCAAUACAAAACAAGUCUUUCAUGUCUGCAGCCAGGCUGUCACAGAACACUUCAAUUCAAGUAAAGAGGAAUUCCAAGGUUCAGAAAAACUGGCAUGUGAAAACUGAUAACAAUCAACUCGAUAACAAGCCAACCAGUUCUCUUGGUAAUGUCCGGUUGGUCAGCAACUUGAUGUCAAGGUCCCAAAGAUUGACUCGAAUUCCAUCUCACAAACAGUCCCAUGUCGUGGGACCUGGGCCAAAGUUUGCCAAGAAUUUGUUUAAUUUGUUUGGCCUUAGUCCUCUGGUUCUGAACUUCCUCCAACGGUUAAACCUUGAGCCACGAGCUGGAGAAAACCUCUAUGUUACAAGAACAGAGAUACAACACUUACCACCAGAUGAUGCUCCCACGUACAGUGAUGUGAUUAAAACAGGAUUUCAAAACCUGCUGAAGCUGGAAGAGAUGAAACAGAAACUGUUGCAGCAGCAGCACAAGAGCCUUCUUCUCUCCAAUGAGAACAGACCCAAGUUCCUCAGCCUUUCGUCACAAGCCUGCACAUCUUUGGACUGUGGGAAGAAACCGGAGCACCCAGGGAAACCCGACUCAGACAGUCACCCAAGGGUGGAAUUCAACCUGGGUUCCUGGCGCUGUGAGGCUAACCACUGUGUCACCCUUGGCUGAGAAUUUGUUACCUAUCC